GCAAACUGUCAGACAUUCACCCACAUUAGCAUUUACGCUCUUCAAAAUAUGCUUGCUCGUAUAAGCAUAUCACACAAACUGAUGACGAUUAUCGGUGUUGUGUCAACAGCUCGUGUUUAACUACGAUUCAUGAUAUGACCGUUUUAUCUCCAGCCAGUGGCCGUUCUUUUCAAAACAUUUCGACAUCCUUUUUAUUUCAGAGUGACAGACAGGAUUGAGAUACCGUUGCUGUAGAAGAACACUCAAAGAAAAGAGGUUAAAAUGCAAUCUGCCCGGGUUCUUGCCAGCCGGCUCUUGUCUUCUAAGAUUCCACUCGGAUCUCCAGGAUGUCUUAUUUCGAGGCAACUGGUUUGCUUUGAUCCAAGAAAAACAACACAGAUUCUACAAAGACAGAAAUCAACGACCGCCUCACGAUGGGGCCAGCCAGCAAGCUCCGCCUUCGACGACCACGCUGCCCUGUACGCUGACCACAACUGGGCGAGAUCGAUCCCCAUCACCGACGUCGACAAGGACAUCGAUGCGAAGAUGGUGGUCGUUCAGUGGGAAGACGGUGACAGCCAAAGGUACCCUAAUGUCUGGCUAAAGAGCAAUUGUCACUGCGAAGGAUGCUACAGUAAAGGAGCACAUGGGAAACUGAAGUACACCCAGCACCUCGAUUUGGACAUCCAAGCCGAUGACGUCACAAUCAACCAAGACGGUCAAAUGCUCUCCAUCAGAUGGAGUGACGGUCACCUGACGAACGUUCCCAGCAACUGGCUCCGGUGUAACCGCUUCGAUCAGUCCGAUCGCGAUCCGAUAGCCGACGCCAAGCUUGAUUUGUGGGGUUCUGACGUCAUGACCUCGGGCCGCCUCCGAACGUUUGAGUUUGAUGAGCUUAUGCAAUCUGAUAAGGCUCUCCUGGACUGGCUUUCCGAGAUAAAAGUUCUUGGCAUAUCGCUUGUUAAGAACGCCCCCAAAAUAUCACACCAGAUUCAUAAGUUGGCUGAUCGCGUAGGCUAUGUUACACCGAGUACUUUUGGCACUCAUAGUGACGUCAUGGCUGUUCAGGGCGGAGACAUGCUUGGGUUUUCGAAUGGCUAUCUUCAGCCCCAUACAGAUUUCUCUUACUACGUUAGCCCACCGGGGGUCGCCCUUUUCCACUGCAUCAAGAACACAUCGACGGUCGGCGGUGAUAGCCUGCUCAUUGACGGGUUCAAAGCUGCCAUGGAGUUGAAAACCGACCACCACGACGACUUCCUAAUGCUGACCAAACACGAGGUCGAGCACGUGGCCAUCGCAGCGAACAAGAAAAUCACCCAGCAAGGAUUCUAUCACCAUGCCAGACAUCCUCUGAUCAAGUUAGAUUCCUUGGGUCAGCUGAAACAAAUCACAUUCAACGAGAUAUACCACGCCUCUCUAUUCCGCGUUCCAGUUGAUGACGUCAUACCUAUGUUUUCUGCCAUCAAGAAAUUCAACAAGAUACUACUCCGGGAUGAUAAUGUAUUCAAACAUAAAUUGAAAGAAGGGGACAUACUUACCUUCAACAAUCACCGCAUGCUCCACGGUCGUAGCGCUUUCACAUUGGACACGGGCAGGGUGGAACGCCACCUACAGACGUGCUUUGUAGAGUGGGACUGCGUUCUCUCAAAGUUGCGUGUUCUCAAAAAAUCUGUAUAAAUCACCCGGAUGGGAGGGCCGUUUCAUGAAGUUGUUCGUAAGUUAAGAACGGCUGGUCAUCCUUUCUUGUGUUAAAAUCAUAAUGAUCUUCACCAUUAAACAUUCAGUGGUGAUUAUUUAGCGCGUAAGAAAUGAUCACCAGUCGUUCGGAAAGUCGCUCUUGACUUAAGAACAGCUUUAUGAAACACCCACCCGAAGUUACUCAUGGCUUUACGCAGACUGGAAUAUGUUCUGAGGUGGUAAGUCAACUACAAAGGGAUAUAUCACAAAGCAUAAGAAAGGAUCACCAGUCGUGUGUAAAGUCAUUCGUUUUUUGUCAUAAAAUAAUGGUUUGGAUCCAAAUAAAAUGAUUGGCUGAUAUAUAUGCGGGAACAGACAUGUAUUUUAUCUUAACAGGGAUAUGUCCUAAUAACUGGUACAUAAUGACUAAAGUUCUAUUUACAGGUCGUUGUUCUGAGAUUAGGAUGAAAUAUAAUACAACAACGAUCCCACAUCACUAUCUAAUCUGGGACACUGGAAUAUUAUAGCUCAAACCAGAAGGGAAAGCGUCAUAGAUGAUAUAGUUUCCUAUUAUUAUUAAAGAUAUCAAGUUUUUACUUUUUUCGUCAUGAUUUUUGUGACUUUAAGGAAUAUAUGACAUUAACUUUUUUUAAUCUCUAAUGGAUUUGUUUAUAUGGUUUACGUAAUCAGAAAUAUUGUAAUGUUAAUAAAGUACAUAGUUAGUCCGAAGUGAUACUAAAAUCAGGCACCGCACAUAGUGUUUUCUGAAGGGGGCGGAAGGGCGAAUGUGAAAAUAACAUAAUUUGCCAAAUGAGAAAAUUAGCGUAUUUAGCAUUUAUACUUCACACUACUCGUAAAUUCCUACACUCCUUUUGCCUCUAUAUAUUGUGUUUAGAUCAUAUGAAAAAUAAUAACGGCGGUAGUCCAGCUGACUACCGCCUUGUGUCACAACCUUGUUUAUAAUUUUACAAGCAUGUUGUAUGAAUGAUUCCUAGAUAUGUUUUGUUUUCAAAUUCUUGUUACUGUAAUCUUCAACGCAAUGAAGAAAGUUUUAGAAUAUCUCAAUCAAAACUUUUAUAUUGUAGAAGAAUAACGAAUUUCAACCACUCUCUUCCUCAUGUUCUUCCUCUUUCUAUAUUGCUCUCUAUCUUUCUUUCAUUCUUUCUUUCUUUGUCUCUUUCUUUCUAUCUCUCCCUCUCGAUUCUAACCCUCAAUCUCCCCAAUCUUUUCCUCCAUCUCUCUUAUUCUAUCUUUCUUUCUUUCUCUCCCUCUCUCUCUUCCCCCACACUCUCCAUCUCCAGCUCACUCUAUCUACCCAUCUUUCUGCUAUUAUUUCCACUCGAGUUGCCUUUUCUUCGUCUGAGUAAUAGUGAUAUCAUGCUUCCUCCGUUAGAUUUCACCCGAAAUUUUCGACAUUAAAAUUAGAAAAAGGUCAAACUGGGUUGUUUGAACUUGAACAACGAUACAUGUCCAUUAACUUUAUUCAAUGUUACAUAAUCAGUUAUUAUCCAGAUACAAAAACACAUUUCCCCCUUCACAUGAUUAUAUAUAUAUAUAUAUCUCCCAAAUUCAUAUAAUUCUCAAAGUAAAUAGCAUAGCCAGACAAAAUUGUUCAUUUCUUUUUUGUUCAAUUUCGGAAAUAGGAAGUGAUACACAAAAGAACACACAAUAAGAAGGGAUCUAUCGAAUUAAUGUAUGGUAGUAGUAGUCGCAAUAAUAGUACUAUAGUCAAGCCCUCUCAUCCUACUGUCUAUUCCCUUCGUAGUUGUGAUAAAUACUGUAUAUUCAAUAAAAUUGCUUUGUAA